AUGCACCUCCGGCCGAUGCAGCUCAGUGAUAUACCUGUCAUAGCUGACGUGUCCGCGGAGACGCAGCUGGAAGAUGAAAUUGUAGAGUUCAUCGCUCCUCAUCGCAGUAAAUACUAUACCUCCUACCGAGAUGGAUUCGUUCGGAGAAUCCACGCGCGACGUCUGAAACCAGGCUGGAUCUAUUGGGUUGCCGAGACGGAUCACGGCGAUGAGCCUACCGCUCUGCAGAAAAUGAGGGGUGAGGAAGAAUUGGGAGGCCGGCUUAUUGGAUAUGCGGCGUGGACAAGAAAGGGGUCUCGUGGAGAGGGAGACGACGUUGCUCAUAUGUCGGUGCUCGAUGCAGAAUUUGAGUCUUGUUUAGCUGGACUCAAGAGCUUCUAUUGGGAUUUCUUCAACCUCGACUGGUCUAUGGACCCAUCGAAACGCGCCAUUCUCACCGGUCUCUUCGCUCAGACCUUUGGCGACGACAUCUUCCCCGAAGCAUGGCUGCUAGCCAACGUUGUUACACAUACGGACUAUCAGCGACGCGGCAUUGGCACCCGUCUCGUCCAAUGGGGCUUGGAUCAAUGCGAGGCUGAAAGAGUGCCUUGUGGUGUCGAGUCGAGUUUUGCCGGCAGGAGGUUGUAUGAGAAGCUGGGCUUCCGGAAGUUUGAUGAUUUAAGGUAUGGCGAGAAUGAGAAGGAGACGAUGGCCGUGAUGGUUUGGGAGCCGCCCGGCCUGGAGGGUCGCUGGUUUCAUAAGGCGAAGGCAGCGGCUGAUAUUCUAGAGACUGGGGCGUCCAGCAUGCUUGUAACGUGA